AUGAUACGCGACAUAGGAGAUAUAGAAGAACAAGAAGAAGACGUUGGUGUACACGACGAAGGAGACAGAUUACUCGACAUACUGUGUGAUGUAUGCGGUGACCGUAGUUCUGGAAAACACUACGGCAUCUACAGCUGCGACGGUUGUUCGGGAUUUUUCAAGCGAAGUAUACACAGCAAUCGGGAGUACAUCUGCAAAGCCCAGGGUGCCAAGAAAGGACGUUGUCCGAUCGACAAGACCCAUAGGAAUCAAUGUCGUGCUUGUCGUCUCGCUAAGUGCUUCGAAGCUAACAUGAACAAGGACGCAGUGCAACAUGAGCGCGGACCGAGGAAACCGAAACCCCACGCGAUUAUGUCGUCGGAGAAGCAACAUCAGCAACAGUCGCCGAUUGUCACGCAAUUGUCUCCUCAUUCUGCGGCCCCGGUGCACAAUGAUCGAUUAAGACCGGCACUCGCUCCCCCGUAUGUUCUCUCGCCGCACAGAAGGUUAAGGUGCGACCAAAGAUUCACGCCUUACCCACGACCGAUGGCGCUGGUACAGAAACCGCCGGAGGAAUCACCGUCCCCCGUACCGCUGAUCCUACCGCACCCUCGCACGACCACGACCCUCUAUCAGGCGGCCACGACUGUCUCCCUAGCGCCGCAGCCUCCCCUUCUGCAGAUACUAAUGUCCGCCGAGGAAUGUCAGGAACUGGUUUGGAACGCGCGAUUGCAACCUACGGCGGAAUAUCCGAUGGAGCAGAUGGAGACGGAGACGAGUCGGAGUCCGACGGGCACCAUACAGAGCUUCAGCCCGACCUGGGAGAUGCUGCAGGAGACGACGGCCCGACUGCUAUUCAUGGCUGUCAGAUGGGUGCGUUGCCUGCCUCCUUUUCAAGCGAUAUCGAAGGACGAUCAGCUGUUGCUGCUAGAACGUUCCUGGACGCAGCUGUUCCUCCUGCACUUGGCGCAAUGGUCCGUCUCCUGGGACAUCACCGCGCUCCUCGAGGACGAGCAAGUGCGCAGCAGACUACCCACGGACGACAAUCCGACGAAUCAGGAGCUCGUCCUUAUUCAGGCUAUAAUAUGCCGAUUCAGGCAACUGUCCCCCGAUUUCGGCGAGUGUGGCUGCAUGAAGGCAGUGGCUCUGUUUACGCCAGAGACAGUGGGCCUGCACGCGGUCCAGCCUAUUGAGAUACUGCAGGAUCAGGCGCAACGUAUUUUAGUGGAUUACACGAGGUCGCGGUAUCCGCAGCAACCCGGUAGAAUCGGCAGGUUGAUGAUUUUAGUCGGAUACCUGAGGUGUGUUUCUUCCAAGACCGUCGAGCGCCUGUUCUUUCACGAGACCAUCGGGGAGAUACCUAUCUCGCGCUUGCUAGUCGACAUGUACCAAAUGGAGAAGUAUAUCAACUGAAGCGAAUUUUGCAUAUCGUAUAUGUACGCGCUGUACGCGUCAUAAGUGUGUCAGGACCACAGCGAGCUCGCAGCUUUCCAAAACUCUUCCGAUUCUCUCUUUCUCUUUCUCUCUCUCUCUCUGUAUAGAAACAACAGAAUAGAACAAGAGAAAAGUUUUCGAAAUCUGUAGUAGCACGAAUUUCCUUUCCGCUUCUCCCUCUCGAUUAUGUAGUAUACCGUUAAUAUCCGACGCGGAAGAUAGAGUUUACUGUUUUAUCAAAUUAUAUAAGAUGAAAUUUCUACACCAUUGCUGUUAAAGAAACAAUUGCUCUUUUAUCGGUAAUUUUUAUAGAACGCACCGUAAAGUGUUUGGUUGUCCCGUUGAUUGAAUUUGUUAUUUAUUUUUUCUUAUUUUUAAUAAUGUAAUUAAAAUAACAUUGUAUAUUCUUGUGAAAAUACAUUCGCAUUUAAUUGCUUUUGUUAAUGCUUUUACAAUAAACGUGCUCGAAUUUAUCCACUUUUUAUUACAUAUUAUAUUUUAAUGUAGUUUUAAGUAAAAAUACAAUACCCAAAUAUAUUCAAGAAAAUGUGAAAAGUGAUUAAACAUGUAUGUUUCUGACGACACUAGGCAUUCUACUCACAAAGGCCCUCGUACUAUAGUAUCCACUAUACUAUCGCAUUUCUAAGUAAAGUUUAUGUCAUUGCUUAUACAAUAUAUCAAACAGUCGUUUUUCUUUUAUGCAUGAUCCAAAUAAAAAAGAACGACGAAAUAAAAUUUGCACAUGGAGCGUUUACUUCAAUUCAUGUAUCCCGAUGAAAUGAAGAAAGAAGUAAUAGAAUUACAUGCACUUUUCGUAUAUUCGAGCUUCGGAUUAAUGUAGAUCGCAAAAGACUUGAUGAAAAAGAUCAUUUUUCUGCUGUAUCGUUCAAGCAUUUGUUUAUAAACCUGAGUUUUCUUAAAAUAGAAUAAUAAUCUAUUAUAAAUCCGUAUAUAUUAUUUGGAAUAAUAACUAUUUUCUAUCCACACAACUUUUAGAGUAUUUCAUACAGUAGAUGAAAUGCAAUUGACUGUAAAACCGUUUCGAAAAUUGUGCUCGAGGAAAUAAUCGAGAAUCUGUAAUGUACCAUAUGUCCCUCUCUGUGAUCCCCCUUGAGUAAAGAAUUAUUGUACCAAUUCGAUUUGUUAAAUAAUAAUGAUGCGUGGAAUAAAUAUCAUAUAUGUAUUGCAUCAGCAUAAUUGUAAGUUACACGAUAAAAAUAACGUAGGCAACAAAAGUAUCGCAAUACAAUUAUUAUAGUAAAAAAAAGUAUUGUAUAACAAUGUAAAAAGUGUGGUAUAAUAAUGGUGCUCUAAUUUUUUUUAUAUCAUUGCUUUGGCAAAAAAAUAAGUUUAUUCAUAAGAUUUGCUCGAAUUCAGUGCUGAAUUAUUAUUACGAGUGGCAACGUCAAACAAAAUCGGAUGAAAAAGAUGUAUCAUAAAGUGAAGUUGUACUCCACAAUAUAAUUGUUAUAUUCUCAAAUUCUUUUGUUAAUAGAAUUAUUAAAUUUGUUAUACAUUUACGUAAAAGAUAUUAUAGCAUACAGAAUAAGCUGUGUUCUGUAUUAAUAAAUGUCUCAUACAAAUAUA